CAACUGAGCGAAACCGAAGGCAUGAGUCUAGAGGAUGCUGAAGAUUUGGUUCUCCACAUAAUAUUAUCCAAAGUCGGUCCAGAGAACACAGCGAGAGUUGCUUGUGUCAGCAAACGCCUUCAAGUUUCCGCCUCCGAGGAAUCUCUCUGGUCCAUCUUCUGUUCCCUUGACCUCAACAUCUCUACUCCUCUACAUCCUCAUGGAGAUUCUGCUCCUUCCUUCAAGAGGGCAUAUCAGUCAUGGAGGGAGUCUUUUGUAAUGUAUCCUUGGAGUCUCGUUAAACGCGUUAAACAUUGUUGGGACAGUCUCAAACUAUGGUUAAGCUUAAACUUCCCUGAAGCAGAGGCUACACUGAGAAAAGGUGUCACGGAGGAUGAUCUUGAAGAAUUGGAGACUGCACUCAACGUCCAACUUCCUCUCACCACAAGGCUUCUCUACCGUUUCGUCGAUGGCCAAGAACUUUCUUCCUCCUCAUCCAGUGGUGUUGUUGAUGGGGGGUCUCUAGGGCUUCUUGGUGGCUAUUCUUCUUAUUGGCAUAAAGUUAAUGUCUACUUGCUACCUCUUAAGGAAGUGGUAAGGGAGACAAUUGAUGUCAUGGCCGGCGAUCAUAAUACUAUAUCCAAGAACAUUGUCGUUGUGGCUGUAUCAGCAGCGCCUAGUUCGAAGAAGAUGUUUUUCCUUGAUUGCACAAACGGACAGCUUUAUACUGAAAACACAAGUUCUCACCAAAUGCUUCCUUGUGUUCCCGAGUCUUUGGUUUGUAUCAACGGCGAUCAGCAACAGGACGCCAUGCUGCUUUGGUUAGAAGAACAUGGCAGGAGGUUACAAACUGGUGCUAUCAAAGUCCGUGAACAGGAUAACAUUAAAAGUAUCAGUUUGUUCCCUGAGAUUCCUCCGUUGUGUUCUAUCUCUGUAUCUAAUGGUGUGCAGGUGCGUGCGUCUUCUGUAUUUAUGCCUGAAGUAUCUGAUCAUCUGGAUAAGCCACCGGUAUACUCGUAUGCAUGUUCCAUCCGGAUGUCUCUCAUGCCCAACUUUAACAGGAGACACCAUAGCUCUUGGCAAAUGUAUUCGAGACAUUGGGUUGUCCGAGCUUAUAAUGCGGUAAUAGGUGAUGUUGAUGGAGAACUUGUGCUAGUUCAGAAUCCGCUCUUACAAGCCAAGGAAGAAGAGUUUGUCUAUAGGUGUAUUUCCCAAUUUCCAACAAGUAAUUUAUCCGUUGAGGGAUCUUUCACCUUUGUGCCUGGAAGUUUGCAAGAUCCGAAAGGACCUCAAUUCGAAGUCAACGUCGCAGAGUUUCCUGUGAAGCUACCAGACUACAUCUUCUAAAAUCAUCUCCCUCAAGGAGGUUUGUUACUCUUUCAAGAUAAUGCGUUAUGUCAGCUUUUAUAGUUCAUACAUUGUGCAAUGCACUUUAUUAAGUUAAUUUAAGUGCUUUGAAUCGCCCAGUUUUACAAAUUCAUUAGACCAUAUAUUAUUCUCAAAUGUUUUACAUAAUAACAAGUGAGUGUGUGAUGAG